CUGGGCUGGCGGUUGAGUCAGCCUUAGUCCCUCACUGCUCUUCUUCUGGUCCCCGAACUCGCUGCCAGGAGAGCUGGGAUCACCCUACAAAGGUAUCCCAUCCAUACUGGACCCCUACAGGGAGCUGUGUGUGCCCAGCUGGGGCACUGCCCCAGCUGAUGCCCCACAGAGGCCACCCAUCUCAAGAGGGGCUCUGGGCCCUAUCCUGCCUCCUCAUGGCACAUGAACCAGAGCCUGAGGCUGGUGGGCUGUUGGACCUCAGCUUCCUGACAGAAGAGGAGCAGGAGGCCAUUACUGAUGUCCUGAAGCGAGAUGCCCACCUGCGCCAGCUGGAGGAGGGGCGGGUCAGCAAGCUCCGGGCAUCCUUGGCAGACCCCGGGCAGCUGAAGAUCCUGACGGGGGACUGGUUCCAGGAAGCACGCUCCCUGCGGCACCACCAUGCCCACCUUGGCUCUGACCUUGUCCGAGCCUCUAUCCGCAGGAAGAAGAGCUCCAGGGGAGCCCAGGCUGCGGGCAGCGAUAGGGAAGUUGAGGCUGCUGGGAAAGAGACCAAAGAGGAGCUGGAACCCAGGUGCCCCAUGGACAGGGCCUCCCAAGAGAGUCUCAGUGAGGCCGAGACGCCUGAUGUCCCCCUAAAGUCUUCAGAUCAUGAGGAGGAAACUGAGGCCCAGGAAGCCCCUGGCCUAGGGGGCGCGCAGGUCUGCUCGGAGGAGGCGGACCCGGAGCCGGAGCCGCGGGCGCCAGACGCGCAGGAGCCGCGGCCCCGCCCAGCCCAGGUAGGCGGGAGCGGCCCGCGGCUGCUCUCAAGACCCGGAACGGACUCCCGGAGGGGAGUGCUCCCGCCCAAGUUUGUGAGCCGUCCGGGACCGAAAGCUGUCGGGGGAGGGGCUGGGAGCGAGGGGCGCCCCCGUCAUUUCCCUGCUCCCCAGACCCAGGCGGCGCCCGAGAUCCUGGAGAACGGGGAGGAAUCCCCAGGACCCGGCCCCUCCCUCGACCGCAUGCUCAGCAGCAGCUCCUCCGUGUCCAGUCUCAACUCCUCCACGCUGAGCGGCAGCCAGAUGAGCCUGUCCGGGGAGGCGGAGGCGGCCGCGGUGCAAGUGCAUGGCUCUGUGCACUUCGGGCUGCGCUACGAGCCGGGCGCCGCCGAGCUGCGCGUGCACGUGAUCCAGUGCCACGGCCUUGCCGCCGCCCGGCGCAGCCGCUCCGACCCCUACGUCAAAGGCUACCUCCUCCCGGAUAAGCAAAGCAAGCGCAAGACGACCGUGAAGAAACGAAAUCUGAACCCGGUCUUCAACGAGACUCUCCGGUACUCCGUCCCUCAGGCUGAGCUCCGGGACCGCGUGCUGAGCCUGUCCGUGUGGCACCGCGAAAGCCUGGGUCGCAACAUCUUUCUGGGCGAAGUCGAAGUGCCCCUGGACACGUGGGACUGGGACUCUGAGCCCAUCUGGCUCCCCCUGCAGCCCCGGGUCCCCCCCUCUCCCGAUGACCUUCCCAGCCGUGGGCUGCUCUCUUUGUCCCUCAAGUACAUCCCUGCAGGCUCAGAGGGCGCAGGAAUGCCCCAGAGCGGGGAGCUGCACUUCUGGGUGAAGGAAGCUCAGAACCUUGUGCCGCUGCGCUCUGGAUCCCUGGACACUUAUAUACAAUGCUCGGUGCUGCCUGAUGACAGCCGGGCAAGCCGCCAACGGACAAGGGUAGUGCGACGCAGUGUCAGCCCCAUGUUCAACCAUACCAUGGUCUAUGAUGGCUUUGGGCCUGCUGACCUGCGCCAGGCCUGUGCCGAGCUCUCCCUCUGGGAUCAUGGAGCCCUGACCAGCCGCCAGUUGGGGGGCACACGCCUCAGCCUGGGCACCGGCAGCAGCUACGGGCUCCAGGUGCCCUGGAUGGAUUCCACACCCGAGGAGAAGCAGCUGUGGCAGACACUCCUGGAGCGGCCUUGUGAGUGGGUGGAUGGCCUUCUGCCCCUCAGAACCAACCUGGCCCCCAGGACAUAGCUGCCCUACAAGUCCUACCAAGCCCCUCUCUCUGGACCUCCAUCUCAGGGCCUGCCCUUGGCUAAAGUCAAUAAAGUCUACUCUGAGGGCAACAA